AAUGGGACAGGGCAUGCCGCGGCAAAAAACAAGUUUUGGUUUAGUUACACUCAACGAUCCGCGAUGUUUACAACCGCAACUGUAAACAAUCAAGUACUGUCACCGCCGCGCCGCACUGCCAUCCGGUACUACCGGUGCAUACUCUAAUAUGUGGAGGGCCAUCGUACCGUGUUCCAAUAGAACUAGGUAAAGUAGUAAUAAUGAUAUAAUCGGUGUUGGUACACGAUCCUCGACGGAUGCGUUGGGUGGCUCGAACUGAAUAUAAAUGAGAAUGAGGCUCACGUGGUACUACUAGUCGGAUCACUAUCAAAUUAAUUUGUACAGAUUUUGCGUGAUAUCUCAAAGCCAGUUCCUCGUUUUGCCGGGAAGAGUAAAGCUCUUAUCUGUUGGCAAUACAAUCAAGUUCUGUAGUGUUUUAGAUUGGGUACUACUAGAAUAGACCAUUGUACCUUGCCGAAAACAGAAUUGUAUUGAUACGAUGCUUACCAGAAUUGCUUUAGACUCUGAUUAUAUAAUGAACUUGUCACGAAUUGCUGAUAAGGCCAAAGCUAUUUUUGUUGUGUUGGUACGAUGUCUCCCGGCACAGUGUAAGCUCUGAUGAAAAUAAGGUUGACAUGGUACUCCAAUGAAUACGGCACCUCUAACAGAUUUGGGUGUAGACGCAGCUGAAGUUUUCUUAGGAAAAUAGAAGCUCUUAUAGCUGUCAUUAGGUAACAACACAGUCAGGCACUGAGCAACACUCGUACAUACAGUAAUAGUAUGUGUUCGGAUAGAGCUAGGUAAAGUAGUACUAAUGAUAUAAUCGGCGCUGGCAGGAUGUUCGAUAAAUGAGUUGGAUGGCUUGCAUUGAAUGUAAAUGAGGAUAAGGUUAACAAGGUACUACUAGACAGGGUCACAAGCGAGAUGUUACGUGAUAAUUCUGUCUUAGCUCUAUGGUCUGAAAAUGCAACAAAGUACUGCGACAGUGAUACUGUUGUCGACUACGAUGUUGAGAUGAUGUUGGGUGGGUUCCAUUCAAUGUAAAUAAGGAUAAGCACAACAUGGUACUACUAGAUACAUUAUUCAAAUGAGAUUCAAUCCAUACAGUUUUUGCGUGGACGCUUCAAACUGGCUGCCCAUUUAGCUAGAGGUGGUAAAGCUCCUACCUGCUGACAAUACAGCAAUUAAGUACUACUUCUACAGAGAACAUAUGAAAAACCAUUGCACCAUGAUUAAGAAGGACUGAGGGUAAACUGCUUCAAAUUAUGAUCAGAAUAAGACUGAUAUGGUACUACCAGAUCAAAAAUGUUUUUGAAUAAAUCACGUACUACGAGAGAGUACUACUGGUGCAUAGUGUAUGGUUUGAAAUAAAAUAGUGUAAUUACUAAUAAAAUCGUGGAUAUUUUGCAAUGUUGGUACAAUUAUAUCCAAAUGUUACGUUGCAAAUAUCGAAUACUAAUUGGAUAGAGGUUAACAUGGUACUACUUGAUAUAUCAAUGACAUGUCACUUGAAAACAGUGAGUGAUAUUUUGAAAUUAGCAUAUCCUUUUUUACAGUAGAAAGCUUUUGUAUCGACACAUCCUACAAAAGCCAAAUACCGUAAUUUAUCACAUAUGAGUACCACUGGGAUGUAGAGAAUUGAGUAGCAUUGGGUAGCGUACUACUAAUAAGAUCGUGACUACCCUUUCUAAAUUGUUACAAUAAUCUCUUGGUGCUUGCACUGCAGAUUAUGGAUUCUAAGUUACUGAAUAGAAAAUAUUCAAUUAAUAACACAGAAUCUGAAAAGUUAUGCUACUAUCAAGCAGUACUGAGGCUAUGACUGGAUACCAUCGAUAUUUCAUUAAACUGAGUACCGCGUUGAUUAUGAAAUCUGAGCAUAAGGUACUUCUACGUCUAGCAACUAGCCUCUUUCGCAAACCUGUAAUUAAACGAAAUACUUUUAAUGGACUCUUGGGAGUACCGAAGUACUACCAAGAUGCAUAUUUAAAAAAUCCUAAGAACUACAAACUAUUCCUUAAGUUAUUUCGAUUCCAGAAAUUUGGGGCGUGUCGAACUCCCAACCCAACUGAUAUUGUCUAACAAAGGUGGUACCUAUGACGUUAUACGAUUCUGUUUAUUAUUGUGAUUCACUGUACGAUGCUACUUGAUUUGCAUUACAAAUGUGGUACCGUCGACAUGAUGAUGUUUUAUAAUAUAACUCCUCUUCCUUUUGGUAUUAACAAACAAGCUAUUAAAAUCGGAUGUUUCAGAUUUCUGAAUCUUAAUUGUCGUAUGACGUCAGAGCUAGAUCAGAGUACUAUUUAAGACUGCAAAAACAACACACGUUAUAUGAGAGUGAUUGGUAAAAUAGAGAGGUAGCAAGGAGGUUCUUGCAUCCUUUGAUGGAUCAAAAUUCUCUUUAAACACAAAACUGCAAACAACGUAGAGGGAACCAUGCAGGUCCCUUUGAGAAACCAAAGGGCCGAGCCUCCCUGGCUUCCGUUUGAGGAGUAAGAUAUUCCUAAUAGAAAAUACGUUUCUUCGACAACAUCUCUACAUAGAAAUUAUUUCUCUCCCAACGCAUGAAACAUCUAGUAAUUUGCUUCAAGCUGGAUGAUUGGCCCUUUAAGCCCAAUCUGCCGCCCCCCCCCCACCUGAACUUUGAUAUAUGAACGCCCAUGGCACUAACAGAGUGGGUUCCAAUACCACAGGACUCAAACCUCGCGAAGAGACGCGAUUUGUUUUGUACCAUAAGAAUGAUUGAUGUGUAGUGGAAGUGACAGUGAGCUUAGUUUACUUAACAACCAAGAAUCUUCUACACUACAAUGAAGAAAAAACGAAGAUUUCUAGAAGCAUCUGUUAGCCUUGCGGCAACCGCCCAUGGUGACCAUGGAAGAUGCGUCCGAGCGUGAGGCGGAGACCUGCAGCGACUUGGCGCUGUCUCACGGUGGUCCACAGCAACAACGAGCCGGUCGACGAGGUGAACGCGGCCCGCGUGGCCCCCGAUCGUUGGUGCAGCAGCAGUACCUGCGGCAGCGCUAGGCAGAAGGCAUGCAGAGACUGCGCACGACUUUCAAGAGGUCGCGCACCCCCACGGCCAGCGAGAUGAAGACCCACAGCAGCCUCGAGGUGCCCAAACAGGUGCGCAGCGCUUCCUUCGACGAGAUCCAGCUGAAGGCGAAGAGGAUGCAGGAGGCCAGGCAGUCGUCGGAGGAGUACUCGUCGUUCCUAGGACUGCCGCAAGGGUUUCCAGAUCAACGCUCGAAAAGCGUCGACUCUGGCGCCUCCGAGGAAUUGGGCACCUAUCUUGACGUAAACAUAAAAAAAUUCCAACGAAGGCGGUCGUCCACCAGAGCCUUGCCGGUCUGCGUGCACUGCGUUUACCUAGAGGAGUACAAAAAACAACAAGUCAGAAGAGAUGAGCUGCAACCUUUCUCCUUCAGCAUCAGCGAAUCGUCCAGCGAAUGCGAUGAGGAAUACACGAUUCCGGAGUGUCCGAUCAGGGUCACUCUCACUCCUGAGCAUUCUUCCGAGCAAGUUCAUUCGCCGCCACCGGUACAUAUCGAGCCACCUUCCGAGUUCCCUGAUACUCCAAUACGGGCCAGGAGGAAGUCCAUUCAAAGACAGACGGCAUUUAUCAGAGAGCCUACCGAGUCCUCUUUGGAAAACCUCCUGGAUGUCCCUUCGCCGGACAUCUUCUCUGAUGAGACCUCGGAAGGCACCGCGUCUGAAGGAGACCUGAUCAACGUCACCAAGGAGCUAGACAUAAAGGACAUCUACCUUGAAGUACCAGAUUUGAAAAGAGACAGGGCGGUUUCAGUUGACUCGUGUUUCCUCAAUGUCACGCAGAACAAAACCGAAGAGAUACAACAUUCUGGAAACAGUUUGGAGAUUCCCGCCGGUCCAAACGUACAACUGAGAUCUGGAUCCGUGGACGUGGUCUUCCCGACGGAUGAACAGGCGAGGUACAAGGCUCUGGCUAUGGCCACACCACCUGGAUCUAGAAAAUCGUCAUCAGACGCAGCGAAGAAACGUACACUUCGGACAACUCCCGACUGGGAGGAAACGGCAGUCAACGGAGACCACCUUUGGGUGCCAACUUCCGUUUCCGGCGAUUUUUGCUAUGCGGGAGACUCCGAUUGUCUGGGAAAAAUCACCGAACAUGGCAACCCUGUCAAAGCACCACUGUUACUCCACGCGUCAAGUUUUGAGGUCGUUUUUACAGUGCUGCCGUAGUUUAUGCUGCUUCAUAGACUCAUGCUACUUGUCUUCAUCUUUUGCAACAACUUUCCAGUAGAAAUUCUCGUUUUGUCUCCGAUCUGAUGCAAUACCUUGUAAGCCUCGGAUGCAACAAUGUACAGAAUGUACAAAAAUGUUUUAAUGCCCUUCCUCAAUUUUGUAGUAACUUAAACGACGAGACUUUCAAAAAGACUGUAAAAAUGUACCCACUAAGUAAUGCCUUUUAUAGUUUAGAUAAGUUUUUAGAAAAUUCAUUUUGUUAUUUCA